AUGUCCUUCCUACCAUACUCAUAUACCCCCUCCAUUUCACCUUAUCCAACUUACUCUUACCCAUUCUCACAGUCUCUCACCGGUCCUUCGCCAAUCUACACCAUACUGAUCAUUGGAAUGGUGCUUUUCAUGGCUGCUAAUGUUAUGCCUAAUCUGAUUCCUGCUGCUGAUCGGAUUUGGUACGUAGCUCCCAUGGUGCUACAAUGGGGUUUUAUCAUCGUCAUAUUCGCCCUGAUGGUACAGAUGCUGGGUCUAGUACCGGGAGUACCACAAUUACAUAUAACCUAUGUCCACAUGACGAUUGCGGCAUUGUUGUUCAUUUUGAUGUGGAAUCAUAUCGUAUCAGAAAUUCCGCCUUCCAAAGAAGAGAAGAGAUCAUCUUCAUCAAGUUUGAAAGAAAGACCAAGUGAGAAAAGAAAAGAAGAAAAGAAAGAAGAUGAUGAUAAAGACCCUUCACCAUGGGAUGAUUUACGUUCACAUCCUUCAGCGUUCUUGACUACUAGAUUGAACAAAAUUAUGCCGUGGCCUUUCCCAGUUGGUAGAGCGAAAAGAUUAGGUAGUGAAUUAUGGUGGGAAAAAGGAAUGCCUCUUCAUGUGGGUCAUUUCAAUAAACCAGAUCCGGAUUUAGCCAAAAAAGCAAAAGAAGAAGAAGAGAGAAAGAAGAAAGAAAAAGCAAGGGCGAAAGCGAAAGAAGAAGAAAAAGCUAAAGAAGCAGAAAAGAUUAAAGAAAAGGAAAAAGCUAAAAAAGAAGCUGAACUCCGAGCUAAACAAAAAGAAGAAGAAGUCAGAAAGGCUAAGGAGGAUGCGAAGAGGAAGAAAGACCAAGCAGAGAGAAAAGCAAUAGAGGAUAAACAAAUGCAGAAACUUUGGAGAACAAAAUACUUGGCUAUGAUUGUAGGAAUAAGUUUUCUAAACAAGAUUUUAGGUUUCUUACUUCUCCUUUUAUUUUCUCUGCAAAUGAUAUCUCAAGAGCUCAACGAAGCACCCCCAACAUCUUCUUCAAGCAGAUCCACUUCCUCCUCCUCAUCGUCGUCGGGAUCAUCUAGACCAAGUUCAAGUGAAGAGAAAGAGAAGCUUGCCAGACUUGCCGCACAGAAAGAAAAAGAGAGAGCUGCAACUACCAAAUCUUCAUCGUCUUCGUCUCCAUCAUCGAAGGACCCUUCUAGAAGUUCUUCUUCCUCGUCAUCUAAGGAUACUUCCAAAACUUCUUCGUCCAGCUCAUCAUCCAAAGAACCGUCAAAAUCCAGCUCGACUUCCUCCACUUCGAAACCCAAUUCAUCGUCUUCCGGAUCCGGAUCUGGAUCUGUUUCCAGUUCUAGUUCGAAGAAGGAUCCAGUCUCUUCGGAUGCUGUCCGAAAAGCUGCUGGUAGUAAGACAGUCACGAAUGUUGACCCCGGUUCAGGUGGAUUUGGUGUACCGUAUAAUGUCGGAUUCGGAAUGCACUAUAUCCAUACUCCAAAUCCCGUCAAGACCGCAGAUUUGUCAUACCCAAGUAUGUUCAUACCAAGUACAGGGAUGUCACAUCCUCUCAUGUCUUCGACGUAUAAGCAGUAUGCGAAUUAG